AUGACCGAUGCAGUCGCGCACGCGUCACCGGCAUGGAGAACGUACUCGUUAAACCCGUCGCUUCAACCGGACUGGAUGAACGGCACGGCGGAGGUAGAGGCGGUUAAAACAGCAGAGGAUGAUCUCGAACGCUCGUACAAGAGCAAACCAUUUUUCAAGGAACCAGUCUACGAGGAAUUCGCCCGAGGACGAGACGAGUACGACAAGCCGACGCCCGACGGCCUCGAGGAGUUCAAGCGCCUCUUACGGGCGAGUUAUCUUUACAAAGUAGAGUGCAUCGACGAAGAUAUUCGAGUUUUGGAAGCGCAGCUACAAGACGAGAAUAUCUCUGAAACGCGACGGUCGGUUAUCCCGCAGCACAUCGAGGACACUCGUGCGAAAUUAAAAGAGGCAGACAGUUCGUUGAACGCGCUUUGCGCCGAUGUUGAUGCGGUCAUCGCAGAUUUGAGAGGAUUGUCCGAUAAAAUUGCCGGCAUAAAAGAGCACGCCUCUGAAAAACUCCAGCAGCACAAAAGAAAAAGGACUGGUGCAUCUUUAGAACGCAACCUCGAGGAGUUGAGCGAUGCAUUGCGCUGCUACGAGGCGAAAAAGGAACAGGCGAGGCUCACGCUUACUGAUCGUCGGAAUUAUGGGUCAUGUUCAUCCCAGUAUGUUCUCCACUCAAGAAGAGGCGUUGAACAAAUUAACUUCGUUGUUCAUCCUGUGGGUGUCAUAGGCUGCGAUGGCAGUAACCUGAGUGUUGGUGGACGUGUUUCGAUUGAUGCUCAUGAUCAGUUUACCGUGCCAAACUGGCAGCCUGAAUGGGGACCUGAGAAGCAAUUUUGUGCAUGCAAAAGCUUCCAAGAGUGGUACAAAGUUGACGCCCAAGACCUUCUUUACAGCGCGCUUCGUGGCGUAGAGGGUGCGCUAAAGGUGCUCAGUGGUUCGGGAGAUGACACGUCUUCGCUUCGACGGCGCUUGGGCGAUGCCUAUUUGGACGAGGCAAGCACCGGGCAGUAG